AUGGCCAGUCCUGGAUAUGGGCGUGUCGAAAGUGUCAAAAUACUCCCCAAGAGGGGGUCGGAAGGCGGAGUGGCAGCGUUUGUGGAUUUUGUGGACAUCAAAAGUGCGCAGAAGGCACACAACUCUGUCAACAAAAUGGGAGAUAGAGACCUACGGACGGAUUAUAAUGAACCAGGAACCAUUCCCAGUGCUGCUCGGGGAUUGGAUGAUACAGUUUCCAUAGCAUCUCGUAGUAGAGAGGUUUCUGGGUUCAGAGGAGGUGGUGGGGGGCCCACUUACGGCCCCCCCCCAUCGCUUCAUGCACGGGAAGGACGUUAUGAGCGGAGACUUGAUGGGGCUUCAGAUAACAGGGAGCGUGCUUAUGAACAUAGUGCCUAUGGACACCAUGAGCGGGGGACGGGAGGAUUUGAUCGGACGAGACAUUACGAUCAGGAUUACUAUAGAGACCCUCGAGAGCGGACCUUACAACACGGGCUCUAUUACACUUCUCGGAGUCGAAGUCCAAACCGUUUUGAUGCUCACGACCCCCGUUACGAACCUAGGGCCCGGGAGCAGUUUACAUUGCCCAGUGUGGUACACAGGGAUAUCUACAGGGAUGAUCUUACACGGGAGGUACGAGGCAGAAGGCCGGAGAGGAAUUACCAGCACAGCAGGAGUCGGUCGCCGCAUUCGUCCCAGUCCAGGACCCAGUCCCCGCAGAGGCUGGCCAGCCAGGCAGCCAGACCCACCCGUUCCCCCAGUGGCAGUGGAUCCAGGAGCAGAUCUUCCAGCAGCGACUCCAUCAGCAGCAGCAGCAGUACCAGCAGCGACAGCAGUGACUCCAGCAGCAGCUCGAGCGACGAGUCCCCAGCGCGGUCGGUGCAGUCGACAGCCGUCCCAGCACCUGCCUCCCAGCUGCUUCCAUCUCUGGAGAAAGAUGAACCCCGGAAAAGCUUUGGGAUCAAGGUUCAGAAUCUUCCAGUGCGCUCAACAGACACAAGCCUUAAGGAUGGACUUUUCCAUGAGUUCAAGAAGUAUGGAAAGGUGACGUCGGUGCAGAUUCACGGGGCUUCGGAGGAGCGGUAUGGGCUGGUGUUCUUCCGGCAGCAGGAGGACCAGGAAAAAGCACUAAAUGCCUCCAAAGGAAAACUUUUCUUUGGCAUGCAGAUUGAAGUCACAGCCUGGAUAGGACCAGAAACAGAAAGUGAGAACGAAUUUCGUCCUUUGGAUGAGAGGAUAGAUGAAUUUCACCCAAAAGCAACAAGAACUCUCUUCAUUGGCAACCUGGAGAAAACAACCACCUACCAUGACCUUCGCAACAUCUUCCAGCGCUUUGGUGGAAUUGUGGAUAUUGACAUUAAGAAAGUAAAUGGUGUUCCUCAGCAAGCAUUCCUGCAGUACUGUGAUAUUGCAAGUGUGUGUAAAGCAAUUAAGAAGAUGGAUGGGGAGUAUCUUGGAAAUAACCGGCUCAAGCUGGGGUUUGGGAAGAGCAUGCCUACAAACUGCGUGUGGUUAGAUGGGCUUUCUACAAACGUUACGGAUCAGUAUUUAACCCGACAUUUCUGCCGAUACGGGCCUGUGGUAAAGGUGGUGUUUGACCGCUUAAAAGGCAUGGCCCUGGUUCUCUACAAUGAGAUUGAAUAUGCACAAGCAGCUGUAAAAGAGACCAAGGGGAGGAAAAUCGGUGGGAAUAAAAUUAAGGUGGACUUUGCAAACCGGGAGAGUCAGUUGGCAUUUUAUCAUUCCAUGGAGAAAACGGGUCAAGAUAUCAGAGACUUCUAUGAAAUGCUGGCAGAAAGAAGAGAUGAGAGAAGAGGAUCUUAUGAAUAUGCCCCAGAUCGUACUUACUACGAGACUGUUCGGACACCAGGGACGUAUCCUGAAGAUCCUCGGCGAGAAUACGCGGCUCGAGGCAGGGAAUUCUACGCGGAGUGGGAUCCCUACCAAGGAGACUACUAUGACCCAAGAUACUACGACGACCCGCGCGAGUACAGGGAUUACAGGGGCGAUCCGUACGAGCAGGACAUCAGGGAAUACAGCUACAGGCAGCGGGAGAGGGAACGAGAGUCCGAUCGGGACAGAGACCACGAGCGGAGACCGAUUGAGCGGAGCCAGAGCCCAACGCACUCCAGGCGUCCGCAGAGCCCCGGGGCGUCCCCCUCGCAAUCGGAAAGGCUGCAGAGUGACUCGGAGAGGAGGAUUUACAGCAGCUCCUCAGAUCGCAGCGGCAGCUGCAGCUCCUUGUCCCCUCCACGAUAUGACAAGCUGGACAAAGCCCGCGUGGAACGAUAUGCAAAAAACGAGAAGACGGAGAAGGAGCGCAUCUUCGAGCAGGAGAGGGUGGAGAAGGAGAAGCGCCUGGUGAGGAAGGAAAAACCUGAAAAGCUAGAAAAGGAGAAAACUGAUAAGCAAAAGCGAAAAGCAAAAAUCCACUCACCCAGUUCUCAGUCUUCUGAAACGGAUCAAGAGAAUGAGAGAGAGCCCAGCCCUGAAAAACUGAAGGGGAACAGUAAACAAAGUAAAGAGAGAGCUGACAAGGAAGGGACGGCUAAAAACCGCCUGGAGCUGAUGCCCUGCGUCGUGUUGACCCGAGUGAAAGAGAAGGAAGGGAAAGUUAUUGAUCAGCCUGCCUUGGAGAAACUGAGAGCAAAGCUUGAUAAUGACACUAUGAAGUCUCCACUUCUUGAACAGAAAACACAGACAUCUCAAGCUGAGCAAACUAAGUCUGAGCAGUCUAAACUGGAACCUGUCAGAACCAAGGUACAGAAAGAGAAAGCUCUUGCCAGUCAUGUAGAAGUGGUGGAUAAGGAGGGAAAACUGAAACCCAAAAAGCACUUGAAGACAGAGCAAACUUCUGAGGGGGCCAACGCAGUAGAUUUAGACAAGUUGGAGGCUCGUAAAAGGCGUUUUGCUGAUGCAAAUCUGAAGCCUGACAGGCAAAAAGUAGAAGUAAAAAGAAGUAGCCAGGAUGAGGAAGAGGUGCGCAUGGUUUUGAAAAAGCAGCUCGAUGCAACAGCCUCCUCUAGAGAAGCACCAGUGUUAAGGGAAGGAGAAUUGGAGAGAAAACCCCUGAGGAAAGAUAUGGUUAAAAGGGAAUCUAAAAAACUCAAACUGGAAAGGCUUAUUCCUGUUACUAGUCCCAAAGAAAUUCAGGAGACUCUCAACGUUGGUGGGAUUGGCGUGCGUCCCACCCCAGAUCUGCAGGCGAGGCUGAUGGAGGCAGCCGAUGAACCAGUGGAAGUUCAGGAACUCUCUUCUAAAAAAUUGAACCCAGUGAAACCCCAGCAUAAACAGGUACAGCUACUAGAUGACCCAGGAACAGAGAGAGAGGAGACGAGGAAGAAUUACUCUGGUCUUCCUGAAGACACACCUGACCAUAAACUUGGCCAAGAGAAACCUCAGUCAACUGAUACGGAGGAGAAAAUUGGCAUUGACAUCGACCACACACAAAGCUACAGGAAACAAAUGGAGCAAAGUCGCAGGUUAAAACAGCAGCUGGAAAUGGAGAUUGCCAAGUCUGAGAAGUUUGGCAGUCCAAAGAAAGAUGUGGAUGAAUAUGAAAGACGGAGCUUGGUUCACGAGGUGGGAAAACCUCCACAAGACGUCACUGAUGACUCUCCACCAAGUAAAAGGAAAAAGACUGACCAGUUUGACUUUGAAAUUAGCACUAAAAGAGAAAGAAACUACAGAAGUUCUCGUCAGGUGAGUGAGGACUCUGAAAGGACGUCCUGUUCUCCCAGUAUCAGACACUUCCCUUUCCAUGAAGAUGAUGACACACUUGAUUCUCCGAGGCUAAUGCCAUUAAAGGAAACCAAAGAGUCACCUAAAAUAGAAGAAAAGGGUCUUUCGUACUCUAACAUGACUGUGAGGGAGGACUCGCUGAAAUUUAAUCCUUAUGAUUCCAGCAGAAGGGAGCAGAUGGCAGAAAUGGCUAAAAUAAAACUGUCUGUGCUGAGUUCUGAAGAUGACUCGAGUAGGUGGGAAACACAAGUGAAGCAGGAGCCUGGCAGAGUUGAUAUCAGCUUUCCAAGUAGCAUCGUCAAAAGAGACGGCAUACGCAAGCGAUCUGUCCGAGACCUGGAACCCGGGGAGGUGCCUUCAGAUUCGGAUGAGGACAGUGAAAACAAGCCCCAUUCCCCAAAAGCCUCGUCCUUGUUAGAGAGUUCCAGGUUAUCUUUUUUAUUAAGGGACAGAGAAGAGAAGUUGCGUGAAAGAGAGGAAAGACUGUCAAGUUCCUUAGAAAGAAACAAAUUUUACUCUUUCGCGUUAGACAAGACAAUCACACCAGACACAAAAGCCUUGCUUGAAAGAGCUAAAUCUCUCUCUUCAUCCAGAGAAGAAAACUGGUCCUUUCUAGAUCGGGAUUCAAGAUUUGCUAGUUUUAGAAACAAUAAAGACAAAGAGAAGGUUGACUCAGCUCCAAGACCUAUUCCAUCUUGGUAUAUGAAAAAGAAAAAAAUCAGGACUGAUUCAGAAGGUGGCAAACUGGAUGAUAAGAAAGAAGAUCAUAAAGAGGAGGAACAAGAGAGGCAGGAACUGUUUGCUUCUCGUUUUUUGCACAGUUCAAUCUUUGAGCAGGACUCUAAGCGCCUGCAGCAUUUAGAGAGAAAAGAUGAUGACCUUGACUUCAUUUCUGGUAGAUUGUAUGGGAGACAGUCAUCCUCUGAUGGGACAAACAGUGCAGCUGAUUUGGUGCAAGAACCUGUGGUUCUCUUCCACAGUCGGUUUAUUGAACUGACACGAAUGCAGCAGAAAGAAAAGGAGAAGGAUCAGAAACCAAAAGAAGUGGAAAAACAGGAAGAUAAAGAAAACCAGCCAAAAACACCAGAAACGGUUCCUGAUAAUAAAGAACCAGAACAUAAAGCUUCCUCAGUGGUUGGUCCCUCUUUGGUGGCUGUCCUACCACAGGAACCAGCGCCAGUCGCUUCUGAGAAGGUAGUGAAUGAAAAGGUGCUGGUGGAACCAGCUCCUGUAAAAGAAGAAAAAACAUCUGAACCUGCUUCUGCAGUGGAGGAACAAAAACCUUUUCCUGAAGUUGCUGCUCCUGUCAAAACUGAACCACCUGAGCAAACUGAACCCCCGCCAGUCAUAGAAGCUAGUAAAGAAGUUGUUGCUACAACCCUGGCACCAGAGGAAGAUGCUGUGGCAAUAGAGCAUCCUUCAUACCUGGAUACCAAACCUCCCACUCCUGGAGCUUCAUAUUCCCAACCAGACAUCAGUGCAGAUCCAGAACCUGAAGCUGCCCAGUUGAUUCCACCUCCACCCAAGCUAGUUCAGAAGUCUGAUGAGAUUGCUGAGCCUAAAGAAGAAAACCCUCCUCUUGCCAACAGUGAUGCCAGUGUGAGUCAAAAAGUGGAGGUGUCUGCUGAGGUUCUGCCACCGGUUUCUGACAAUGAUAUGGAAGUUGAACCUCCAGUUGUUGUAAAAGAUAAAAAGUCUUACAAGAGCAAACGCUCCAAGACUCCUGUGCAAGCGGUUGCAGCCAAUGUUGUGGAAAAGCCCGUCACGAGAAAGAGCGAAAGAAUUGACCGUGAAAAACUCAAAAGGUCAAGUUCUCCUCGUGGGGAGACACAGAAGCUUUCUGAAUUGAAAGUGGAAGCAGAGAAGGUUUCCAGGAAUGCUGCUAAAUCACCUAGUUCUGCUGCAGAGCCAGAAAACGUGGAGCCAAGCUUGCCAAUAAGCCGGACUAGGCGCAGAAAUGUGAGGUCAGUCUAUGCUACCACAGGGGACAAUGAAGGCCCAUCUCCAGUGAAGGACCCUGUGGAGGUCACCAGAUGCACCAGGAAGAGAGGGGAGAAGGAACCCCAGGAAAUGGUGACAACUGUUCCUACGACCCCAAGAAGGGGAAGACCUCCAAAAACCCGCCGUAAGCCAGAGGAGGACAUCUCUCCAAUAAAGACAGAACCGGUACAGCAAGAGGUGGAAGAAGUUGAAACUAAAGAUGCUGUGGAAGCUCCUAAGCCUGCGGAAGGUUGGAGGUCUCCUAGGUCCCAGAAGCUAACACACAGUCACUCAUCGGCUGCUACCAGUCAACAGGGGAAGAAAGGGAAGAACGAACCAAAAGCUGAUACCUCGACUGAAUCUGAAGAUGCUGCUGAGAGGAGUGGUCAGGAAUUGAGUGCUAGUGACAACAGCAACAAAGCAAAAGCCACCGAGAAGGAACCGCCAGUGAGUGAACAGAAACGUGACAGGAAAGAACUGGAUGUGGAGAAAAACCAGCUAGAAGUCCCUAUGGUUGAGAUCAUUGAGAAGAAGCCGGCACCAGAAAAGGUUACAAAAUCCAAAAGGGGAAGGUACAAAAAUACCAAAACUGUUGUAGAUAAAGCAUCUGUGUGUCUCAAAAAUGUAGAAAUACGACUCAACGUGGACGAGGUCAAGGGUGCCUUGCGGCCAACGGAGGAGGAGGUGGAGCCGGUGGCAGUGUCGCCAGCCAAGAUGAAGAGCCCUCCAAAAGAGGACAUCUUGCCACCCCAUUUUGCUAAGAACGAGGUGGAAGAUUCAUUCCCGGAAACAGAAAAAGAGGUGACGCGGGAACCAAAGCAGUCCCCCGAAGCUGCCCAGUUAGCAAAACAGAUUGAACUCGAGCAGGCUGUGGAGAACAUUGCAAAGUUGACUGAAACUCCCCCGUCGAUUGCUGCCUACAAGGAUUCACCGGCAGACGUGCCCGAGGUUCGUCAGGAGGAGGAAGGGGAUAAACCUGCCCAUCAGGCCAGUGAAACGGAGUUGGCGGCGGCCAUCGGCUCUAUCAUCAACGAUAUUUCUGGGGAGACAGAAAGCUUUCCUGCACCCCCCACCUAUCCGCCUCGGGAGGAGAUGGAGCCCGAGACGGACCAGGCAGUGAAUAAUAUCCUGGAAACUGAGGCUGCCGUUGAGGCCGCAGUGCAGCCCAUUCCCGGAGCUGCUCCAUCUGCGGUAGAGAUGGAGAGCAAGGAGGCUGAGGUCAGCUUCAGUGAGUCUUCCAACUCCGCGCAGGAAGCUGAGACCUUGCAGGAGGCUGAAGUUGCUAGGAAGGAAAAGGGCCGCCAGAAAAGCACGCGGCACAGGCGCAAAAGGAGCACGGGCAGGAAGGGCGACAUCGCCGAAGUCAACGCCUUUGAGCCAGAGAGGGUGCAGAGCAAGUCACCCCCCGCCAGUGAAGUGAAGGCAAAACCUGAAGAAGCCUCGAAGGAGGAAAAGCAGCCCAAACCCACAGCUCAAGCAUCCACGGAGCCAAGCGCUUCUGACACCAGCAAAGCUGCAGCUGCUGAUGUGGUCAUGCACGAAGGCAUCGCUGAGAGCAGCACCUCUCCAAAAGCAUCUGCCCCAGCUCCUCUGGACCUGGCCACCCCGCAAGCUCCUCUGGAUGAGGGGAGUCAAGGUGGGUUCAAGAUACGGUCGCCCAUGGAGAAUGCGCCUGUCACACCGCCAAGCGCCCCAAGUGCAGCCCUUCCCACCAUCCCUUUGGCAGCCACGGUGGCCAAACUGCCCACCCCAGUACCCACUGCCAUUGUCCCCCUUCACUCCAGUGCUGCCAAGGUCCCGGAGUGGAUGGUCAGGCAUGAGGAGCCCCGUGCCCAUUCCACACCACCUCCUGCUCUCCCUCCGGACACGAAGGCAUCAGAUAUUGAUACAAACUCCAGCACUUUGAGGAAGAUUCUGAUGGAGCCCAAAUACGUCUCGGCCACGAGCGUAUCCUCCACACACGUGACAACAACGCACGCUGAGCCGGUGAGUGCUCCUCGUUUGGAGGAGGCACCUCUGCACCCCGUGGUAGAGGCCAUAAAGCCAGUUUCAGAGGAGAAGCCAGCAGUUCCUGUCACCAACGCCUUGGAUCCACCAGUGGCCGAAGCACCUGUGUUCAGUGAGAAGGAAAAGAUCAGUACUGUGAUUGCUCCCAAAGCCACCUCUGUGAUAAGUAGGAUGCCCCACAGUGUGGAUCUGGAGGAGGCUCCGAGGAUCACCUUGGUGAAGCAAGCUCCCCAAACCCAGACGUGUCUCGUCAACGCUCCCUCGCCGAAAUUUAAGCAGAGGUCAAGCACAAAUGAUAACAGUAGAUUCCACCCAGGAUCAAUGUCUAUUAUUGAGGAGAGGCCCGUAGAGUCUGGGUCCAGUCCGGGGCUGCGGGUCAACACCUCAGAAGGCGUGGUGCUCCUGAGUUACUCAGGGCAGAAGACAGAAGGCCCUCAGCGAAUUAGUGCCAAGAUCAGCCAGAUUCCCCCAGCCAGUGCUGUCGACAUUGAGUUCCAGCAGUCUGUGUCCAAGUCUCAGAUUAAACAGGAGCCCAUCACACCAUCACAGCCGACACCAAAAGGCUCCCAGACCUCGGCCGGCUACGGGACUGUUUCCACCCACUCUUCUUUGGUACUAGGAACACAACCUUACAACACGUCGCCCGUCAUCUCCUCAGUGAAACAGGAGCGUGCUGCACUGGAGAAGUCCGACUCAUCCCAUCUCUCUGUCCAGACUCCAGCCUCUCAGCCCAGUAAAGUCCUCACUCAGACUGGAAACACUCCACCUGUGCUUGUCCCCAACCAGAUGGUUGUGAACAAAAAACUGUCUGAUCCGUCUGCUCUGAAAGUGGAGACCAAGACUCUGCAACCCUCCAACCUGAGUCCUGGAGUCAGUCCUCAUCAUCCUUCCCUCUCUGGGAAAAUGCAUUCGGAAGCAAACCAUGUCAGCUCGGGACCCAGCACCCCAACAGACCGGACGAUUUCCCACCUGGGGGUCACCAAACAGGAGCCGCACUCUCCGCGUACCAGCGGGCACUCGCCAUCGCCCUUCCCCCGCGCCUGCCAUCCCGGCAGCACCUCCUCUCCGGCUUUAUCUGGCAGCACCCCGGUCAUGCUGGCUCCAGGAAUUCCCGUUCCUCAGUACAUAUCCAGCAUGCAUCCUGAGCAAUCCGUUAUCAUGCCCCCUCACAGCGUCACGCAGACUGUCUCCCUGGGCCAUCUGUCCCAAGGCGAGGUGAGGAUGAACACCCCUCCUCUCUCCAGCAUCCCUUAUGGCAUCCGCCCGGAAGCGCUCCACUCCCCCAGAGCUGCUCUGCAACCCCAGAUAGAGAUCAAACCUCAGCGAUCCAGCACGCCCCAGCCAGCUCCCAUCCGGGAGAUGGUGAUACCUCCUCUGUCUUCUCAGCACGCUUCCGAGGAGGAGAUGCACUACCACCACAGCACGGUGUGCCGAGGACCAGCCCCUGUGCAGUCUGACGUGCUGGUGAUGCAGCCGGACUACCGCAUGCACCCCAGCAGCAUCAGGCUGGACCAGUACAAUGUCCCCCGGGAUGUCAGGAUGAUCAUGCACCCACACAUGGCCGCUGUGAGCGAACACCACUCGGAAACCAGACAAUCCCGAACGCCUGAAGGGGCUGGGAAGACUCCCCCCGUCAGUAAGACCCCACAGCCUGGAAAAGAGACGCCAAAAUCCUCAGAAGGGAAGAUGGCACAUUCUCCUCACAGCGAGCCCCGGCUCCUCAGUGUCCCCUCCAGCAGCCAGCUGCCUGGACUGCCUCUGACGCAGCCGGUGGUGGUACCACAUGGGGUGCAGAUCAUGCAUCCUGCAGGGAGCUCCUUCCACGACUACCGGUCUGUGUACGGAGACAUGAGGAAUUACCACACGGCAGCACAGCUCGGGCAUCCUCAGUUCCCGGGUGCCUCGCCGAUCGGAUUGCCUUCCCGGAGCAUGACCCCAUCUCAGGGUCUGCCAGAGGGUGAACACUCGCACCCCAGCCAGCCAGUCCGCAGCAAGACUCCUCAGAUCCCGCAGGAUCCCAAGGGCCCACCAGCAGCAGGACCCGACCAGAGUCACCAUCCCACUGUAAAUAGGCAUGCAGCACCCCUGGACCCUCACGUCCACCUUCAGAGGGCACAAGCAGACACGGGCCAGACCUCCUACCCUUCACCAGUUGCCAUUUCCAUCAAACAGGAGCUUCCAUCACCGCACCAGCCUCAGGCGGUUCCCAAGCAAUCCAUAUUUAUCCCAACCACCUCGGGUCCCGGGGCCCCCCCGGGGCUGCCCCUCAACCGCCCAGAGCCCCAGUCUGCUCUCAAGCAAGAGCCAUCUCCUCACCCCGUUUCCCAGAGACCUGUGGAUAUGGUCCAGCUGCUGACGAAAUACCCAAUUGUCUGGCAGGGCCUUUUGGCUCUCAAAAAUGACACGGCCGCCGUUCAGCUCCACUUUGUCUCCGGUAACAACGUCCUGGCGCACCGGUCGCUGCCGGCGCCGGAGGGGGGACCCCCCCUGAGGAUCGCUCAGCGCAUGCGGCUGGAGGCCUCCCAGCUGGAGGGGGUGGCCCGCAGGAUGAUGGUGGAGAGCGAUUACUGCCUCUUACUGGCCCUGCCCUGCGGCCGGGACCAGGAGGAUGUGGUGAACCAGACAGAGUCUCUGAAGGCUGCCUUCAUCAGCUACCUGCAGGCCAAGCAAGCUGCAGGCAUCAUCAACGUCCCCAACCCUGGCUCCAAUCAGCCUGCCUACGUUCUGCAGAUCUUCCCACCCUGUGAAUUUUCAGAGAGCCACCUCUCCCGUCUCGCCCCGGACCUCCUGGCCAGCAUCUCCAACAUCUCCCCUCACCUGAUGAUCGUCAUCGCCUCGGUAUGAGCUGUUUACCAGUUCCUGCCUUUGAUUCUUUUUCAGUUCUAUUUUUUUUUUUCCUCCAAGGCCCUGCAGCAAAAAAAAAUAAAACACAAAAAAAGAGGAAAAAAAGAAAAAGCCCAGAAAAAAACCACA